UUGUUCUCCUCCAAUUACUUUCAAUGUUUUGUUGUAGAAUGUGAAUAUAAGUUAGUUUAAAACGUUUGCAAAUUGGGUGUAGACACAGAGGCGCAAUGUUGAAUAUGUUUCAUGGAUUUUAAGCAUAAACUUGCUAGUUGGAGGACGAGUGGAGAGGUUGCCAUGUGUGCGUUGGACCAUGUGGUUUGUUCGUUGCAAAUGAGAGUGAGCAGAAGCCGCGUGGUGGCUGUGUUCUUGAUGUUGCAGAGUUUUGAGAGUAAUUGUGAAGCGAAAUCUGUAAACAUCUGUGAAUGUGUCUCUUCUAUAAUACAGGUGUAAUUGUGAGUGCCCUGCGAUUGGCUGGCAACCAGUUCAGGGUGUACCCCGCCUCCUGCCCGUUGACAGCUGGGAUAUGCUCCAGCACUCCCCACGACCCUCGCCAAUUCAUGGCUACCCGGGCUCCAUUCCCCCGGCGAGCAUGGUGGCGGCUGUGGAGUGAUGUGAGUGGAAUUGAUCCAUGGAGGCAUCGAGUUGGACUUGUCUAUAUAUACAACGCUGAGCCUGGACUAGCUCUUGUCUUGCUCAGCGCUUCUCCGGGACCCUCAGCUGCUCUUCUGCCAUCAUUGAGCAUUUUCACCAACAACGACCCCAGACAUGGCCUGCCAGGAACAGAUCAGGCAUGGUUGGAGUCACAUGUGUGUUCCCAGUCGACCUGGCCAAGACACGCCUGCAAAACCAACGAAGCGGCCAGCAACUCUACAAGAAUAUGAUGGACUGUCUGAUAAAGACGGUGAAAUCUGAGGGUUACUUUGGUAUGUAUAGAGGCGCAGCUGUCAAUCUCACCCUGGUGACGCCUGAGAAGGCCAUUAAACUUGCUGCCAAUGACUUCUUUCGCCACCAGCUAAGCAAAAAUGGCGGUAAGCUGACCGUGUUCAAGGAGAUGUUGGCGGGAUGCUGCGCGGGCAUGUGCCAGGUCAUCGUCACCACGCCCAUGGAGAUGCUGAAGAUCCAGCUCCAGGAUGCCGGCAGGCUUGUGGCCCAGCAGAGGAUGAUGCCCAGUGUGGUAACCACUCUGAAGAUGGGCGGAACCAGCGCCGUCCUGAGUCGUUCCUACAACGCUCACGCCGCGCCUCAGGUUAGGACGGUAUCAGCCACACAGAUCGCCAGAGACCUGCUGAAGACCAAAGGUGUCACGGGGUUGUACAGAGGACUUGGAGCCACAUUAAUGCGGGACAUUCCUUUCUCAGUUAUCUACUUCCCCCUUUUUGCGCACUUGCACCAGCUUGGUCGUCCUUCAUCAGAAAACCCGACAGUGCCCUUUUAUUGGUCCUUUGUGUCCGGGUGCUUGGCCGGAUCUGUUGCAGCUGUGGCUGUCAGCCCUUGUGACGUGGUCAAAACAAGACUUCAGUCCCUGAAAAAGGGAACUAAUGAAGAAACGUACAACGGAGUGGUGGACUGUGUCAGAAAAAUCAUGAGAAAAGAGGGUCCUUCGGCUUUCCUAAAGGGGGCCAGUUGCCGGGCACUUGUCAUCGCGCCUCUCUUUGGCAUCGCCCAGGUUGUGUACUUUGUAGGAGUUGGAGAGAUGCUGCUUGGUUACACACCAUAUAGCAUUUAUUCCGCCUAGACAAGAUGUCUCCCGGUCUCAUGAAGGGAAAAAGCGACAAGGGAAGACAAGAAGAAAGAUAAGAAGGGGCAAUGUACAGUAAAAUUGCCUGCAAAAGAAAUUGCCAAGUCCCAUCGGCAUGGAAAGAAGUUGUGAAAUAAAAGAGCGCACAAGCUUAUAAAAGGAGAUCCUUGGACAACAGCCGGGAUCUUGUGCCGCUUUCCGGAUCGCUCGGCAGAUGACGGACGUGGGACCAAAUGUUUGUCUUUGGUCUCUCUGAGUUGGUCAGAUGACCUCCCUGCUGUUACGCACAGCACAGCAGAGCACCAUACUGAAGAUCAUUCCGAUGAUCUGGAAGAGGAAAAUGCAGCGUUUAAAAAAAAAAAAAAAAAGUAGUCAAAUCAAUUGGGAGCACGACUUUUGGUAACGGUACUCGA